GAAAAACCGAAUACACUGUGAAAUCACCGCUCCAAAGAAAACCCUUUCCAUUUCAUUUCAUUUGUGGAAUCUCAAACCAUGCUUCUCAGAGCCGUUGCUGCUUCUUCUUCUUCUUCUCUGCCUCUGUUCAACGCGAACGCCGAACAAUGGCGUUCCGUUCCCGUUCGUUUCUCCACCAGAAAAAAUGCGAGUGGGUUGGUGGUUUGCGCCACCAAGGGAUCCAGCAACAACCGUGUCCUAACUGGUGUGGUGUUUGAACCCUUCGAAGAGGUGAAAAAGGAGCUCGAUCUCGUACCCACUGUUCCACAAGUUUCUCUCGCUCGCCACAAAUACGUUGAUGACUCUGAAGCUGCCGUUAACGAGCAAAUCAAUGUGGAGUAUAAUGUCUCAUACGUUUACCAUGCAAUGUUUGCGUACUUCGAUAGGGACAAUGUUGCGCUCAGGGGUCUUGCCAGGUUUUUUAAGGAAUCGAGUGAAGAGGAAAGAGGGCAUGCUGAGAAAUUGAUGGAAUAUCAGAACAAGAGGGGUGGAAAAGUGAAGUUGCAGUCUAUAGUGAUGCCACUUUCUGAGUUUGAUCAUGCGGAUAAGGGAGAUGCGCUUUACGCAAUGGAACUCGCUCUGUCAUUGGAGAAGCUAACAAAUGAAAAGCUCCUUAAUUUGCACAGUGUUGCCUCAAAGAACGGUGACGUGCAGUUGGCAGAUUUCGUGGAAAGUGAGUUUUUGGGUGAACAGGUGGAAGCAAUCAAAAGAAUCUCCGAGUAUGUUGCUCAGCUCAGAAGAGUUGGCAAAGGACAUGGUGUCUGGCACUUUAAUCAGAUGCUGCUCGAUGAGGAAGAAGGUGCAGCUUGAUGAUUAUACUUACCCCUAUCUAGUCAGUGUAUCUUGUUCACCUAAGUGACUUUCAAGUCUUUGGCUAGAAGGUCGAACUGAACUAUGGCUGAAUGAAAUAAAUCUGGACCGUUUGUUUUUUGCAGUUCAUUUACUAGC